GCAAAAUAGUUGGGCUUUGUACAAACUUUAGGCGAAUGCUGUGGUUUUUAGUUUUGUGGUUAUAAUUUACUAUGACUUGAAAGUAAAUACCAGCCUUAUUUGUUAGAAUGAAUUGGUCAGAUGCUACGUAAAGCGCUUAGGUUUGAGCGAAAAAGGGCUAAAUUCGCGUGACCCUGCGUUGGAGAAUGUCUAAAACACGUAUGGUUUCAAUUUAUGGAUGUAGAUCGUCUUGCUCCUUUAAUUAUCGAAUUCAAGAACGCAGGACUCGCGCGAAAGCCCUACGCCUGGAACAUAAUCGCAAACCAGACAAACCGGAGGACUUCAUAACGUACGAGGAUAGUGACAGUGAAGAAGAGACUUCAGCCGUAAUAAACGAAGUUUUAAGUACCUCCUAUAACUUUGUGGAUUAUGUGCGUACUAGAGAGUUUUUAAGUAAAGAUGUACGAACUAUUAACCAAGAUUUCGGAUCGAGACACAUACUAACUCACGAAAUGUUUAAAGAGACUCCCAUUAAUUUGGGAAAUAUGAAUAAAGUUUUUUGUUCUCAGUGGCUUAGUGAUAGACAGGUAGUUUUCGGUACUAAAUGCAAUAAGUUAAUGGUUUAUGAUGUAGUAACUCGUUCGUUAGAUCAAAUACCGUCUUUAAUUAGCAGACGAGACGCUCACGGAGGCGAUCAACAACAGUGUGGGAUACAUUCUGUACAAAUUAAUCCUUCCCGUUCGCUGUUAGCAACUGGCGCACGAAAUACUUGUGAUAUUGCAAUAUAUAGAUUACCCACACUGGAUCCUAUCUGUAUUGGUGAAAAUGCACAUCGCGACUGGGUCUUUGAUAUGUGCUGGUUAGACGAUCAAUUCUUAGUAAGUGGUUCGAGAGACACAAAGAUGUCCCUUUGGCAAAUAACACCAGAUAUGAUAGACGAAAAGCAAGAAAUGCCCACAUAUCAGCACGUUUCUGCUUUGGCAUUAAAAGAAUGUCGCACUGCUCAAAAAGUUCGUGCUUUGACAUUCAAUAAGAGUUUUAAAGAGAUUGCCGCCCUAUCAUUGAACGGCUAUAUCCACAUUUGGAACGCAGAGACGUUUAGGCAAAAGCUAUCCAGAAAGCUGCCAUCGGCGCAGGAAAACGUGUGUUUGGCGGUGCAAGACAACGGAUUAUAUGCUAUUGGAUGUCGAUCGUACACCUUACUUUUAGACUGUAGAACUCUUCAGGCUGUUAAGAAGGUGUCGUCGCGGUAUUCGGGUUGUGGUAUUAGGUCAGUCAGCUUUCAAGGUGAUAUAUUAACUAUAGGAACCGGAUUGGGGAUGCUCAUGUUCUAUGAUCUGAAGGCAGGCAAAUAUCUCGAAUCGAGUAUAAAUUCAUCACGAACCGUUGUACUUAAAACAAGCAAAGGUCAUGUGUUUCCCGAUGAGGAAUAUGUGGAUAACAUUCAGAAUGUAAAGUAUGUGCCUGCGAUAUAUACACAUUCUUACGAUUCAAGUGGCACGAGACUAUUUACCGCAGGCGGUCCGUUACCUGUUACAUUAACAGGAAAUUAUGCAGGCUUAUGGCAAUAACAGUGGAUCGCUCUUACAUAUUUUAUUAGAUGCAAUUUUACUUUUUAAAAUUUGAUUUUUAUUUAUAUUAUGUACAAUGUUUUUAUAAAACCCAUAAGCAUGUGCACCUGAUUUUAUACUGUAUUUUUAUAUUACAUAUACCUAUAAGGAUUGUACAAGAAUUUCCCUGAUAAUGUAUUGUAAGAUUUAAUUUUAGUUAUUUUAAAAAAAAUCACAAAUAAUCGUUAUUUAUUCUACAA